AUGUAACCAUGGCUUGGCGAGGUAACUGGCCCUUUAAGGCGCGGCUCAUGAUGUUUUAUCCUCCACGCUCAUCCUGCUUCCUCCAUCACUGCUCGGUUCAUUCAGGCAGCGUCCCACUGAAUAUGACACCUGCAGGCGCAGAUGGAAAACAGCGAACUGCAACGGUCAGCUCAUUAGGACGAUAAUGGAUCAAAUGUGACGACUUCACCCUCCAGUUGGCCUACCUAACACUGUAACUAUGGCAACUUGUCAGAGGGGCUGCGCACCAGCUGUGCGCCUUUGUCAGAGGGUAAACCGACUCAAGACACUUGACGACGACAUGAUGGCCACGUCACUGAAACGCUGUCUCUCCACCCUGGACCUGACGCUGUUGGGCGUUGGCGGCAUGGUGGGCUCUGGGCUCUACGUCCUGACAGGCACAGUGGCUAAAGACAUGGUUGGGCCUGCCGUUAUUAUAUCCUUCAUUUUUGCAGGUAUUGCCUCUUUGUUGGCAGCCUUUUGCUACGCAGAGUUUGGAGCACGAAUUCCCAAAACAGGAUCGGCCUACAUGUUUACUUAUGUCUCUGUGGGAGAGGUGUGGGCCUUUCUGAUUGGUUGGAAUGUGAUUCUGGAGAAUAUGAUUGGUGGCGCCGCUGUGGCGCGAGCAUGGAGUGGAUAUCUGGACUCCAUUUUUAAUCACGCCAUCCAAAACUUUACUGAAACUCAAAUAAUGCGGUGGGACGUUCCCUUCCUCGCCCAUUACCCAGACCUACUUGCUGCAGGAAUUCUGGUGGUUGCCUCUCUUUUUAUUUCCUUCGGAGUUCAAGUGUCCUCAUACCUCAAUCAUAUUUUUUCCACCAUCAGUAUGUGUGUCAUAGCUUUUAUCCUGGUCUUUGGAUUUAUGCUGGCAGAACCAGCAAAUUGGAGUCAAAAGGAAGGAGGCUUUGCGCCUUUUGGAUGGUCUGGAAUCUUGGCUGGCUCCGCCACCUGCUUCUACGCAUUUGUCGGUUUUGAUGUGAUUGCAUCUUCAAGCGAGGAGGCCAAAAAUCCCCAGAAAGCUGUUCCCAUUGCCACAGCAAUAUCCCUUGGACUGGCAGCAGCAGCCUACAUCCUGGUGUCCACAGUGCUCACAUUAAUAGUUCCCUGGCAUACCUUGGAUCCCAACUCAGCCCUGGCAGAUGCCUUUUUCCGCCGAGGUUACAGUUGGGCUGGGGUUAUUGUGGCUGUGGGUUCCAUCUGCGCCAUGAAUACUGUGCUGCUGUGUAAUCUCUUCUCCCUCCCUCGGAUUGUGUACGCAAUGGCAGAAGAUGGAUUGUUCUUCAAAAUCUUUGCACGAGUCAAUCCUAUCACCAAAGUCCCAGUCAAUGCGAUACUGUUUUUUGGAUUCCUGAUGGCCACCAUGGCUCUCAUUUUUGAUCUGGAGGCUUUGGUUCAGUUCUUGUCCAUUGGGACCCUGCUGGCCUACACAUUUGUGGCCGCGAGUGUCAUCGUUCUUCGCUUCCAACCGGAGAAAACCAGCUCCAAAGGGACUUCAUCCACAUCUCCACACCCUAAUGCGGAACCUUCUCCUGCCCCCUCAGAAUGUCAGAACAUAUCAGAGGACAACAGUGAGCUGAAACGAUAUGAGUCCUUCUCUGACAAGCUCCAGUUGGUAGAGAGGCAGAAGACAAGGGAGUGCAGAGGAGUGGGCCAGCUGAGAGCUUACUGGGAACCUUACCUGGGGAAGCUGCUUGGGAACUGUGAGCCCGGCGAGGUGGUGGCCCUUUGUGUGCUGGGUCUGAUCGUGAGCUCGGUGUCCUUUUGUGCUGUGGCGGCUUUCGGAACCAACCAGAUGCAGUUGCCGCAAUGGAGCUUUGCCACUCUGCUGGUGAUUUUCAGCCUUGCUUAUGUUAUUUGCUUGGCACUCAUAUGGGUUCAUGAACCACAGACUAACGCCAAAACAUUCCAGGUACCUGUGGUUCCAUUGAUACCAGGGGCCAGUAUCCUUAUUAAUGUAUUCCUUAUGAUGAAGCUCAGCCCUCUAACCUGGAUUAGGUUCACUGUAUGGAUUGCCAUAGGUCUCUUAGUGUAUUUCGGCUAUGGGAUUUGGCACAGUAAAGAGGGCUUGAGGGAGAUGCAGCCCAAAGACAUGGCUGCCCGGUACGUCGUGCUCCCCAGCGGCAGCCUUGUAGAAACCGUGGAGUCUGUCCAGCCCGAUGGACAAUUGGAUGCCUCAGACCAUCAGGUGAGCCCUUCCACUGCCCUAACAAGUGAGGAAUAUGCCGGAAGGAGAUGAUGUGUAACCAGACAAACUGCCUACUGUCUACUGUCCUUAUCGUUGUUUAUACACUUUGUAUGUCACACCUGACUGGCCUGCUGCUUUCUGUACACAUUGUUCUGCAACUUUAAGCACACCACCAGAUGGGUUGUAAAUCCUCUCUCAUUGUGAAGUUCAUUUGUAUAUCUUGUAUUACUACAAUGCAAAUUAGAGAGCUUUCUUAUGAACCUGCAUCUUUUCUUUUGUCAUGGACUUUAAAUCAAUAUGAGGUCGUUGGUUAUAUUCUGUAUGGUGCUUUUUAUGUGACAACAUUUUGUUAUAUGUCAGCAGGUUUUUGACACAAUUUGUAUGAAGUGGGGAAAUUUAACAUCAAACCAAAAAUAUCAUGUUGAGCAGCAAUUAUGUGUUAAAUAUUUUUAGUCUGUCAGAGAUUUUUCUUAUUUUCCAUAACAUCUUCAUUAGCAGGAUUACAGUCUAAAAGAAUGUGGGUCUUUAUGGUACAUUCCAACAAAGCUGAAUUUAGUGCAGUUAUUUAAUUUCAGAUGAUAAACAGCGUGUUUAUAUUUAUAUUGGAAUUCAAUUUGAUUACUAUUACUAACUUUUGUUCUGUUCAUGAAUUAGUGCUGUUUUAUACCAACACCAACAUUUUCCUGAAAGAGGGACACAUCAGAGCUUCACUUAAUCCCCUAAAUCUCAUCCCAUGACCCUGAUCUCUUUUGUGUCACAAUUAGUAUUUUUCACCCUGCACUGCUAAAUACCACUAAUUUCUCUUCCUACGAACAUACAUAUCAAAGCACAGAGGUUAAUCAGCUUGUUUCAUCUCAUAUAUCAAAACCGAUUUAAGAUACAGUACAAGGCGAGCACAAAUUGACUGAUAUUAAAUGUUUGCAAAGGGAUAUUCCCGGACAUAGUAGGCUGUGCUAAACUGCUUUGUCUAUGUGAGGCCUCUAAUCCAAACAACUGUGCAGCAGUUUGACCUUUGCUACAAAUGUCUCUUUAUAUACAUUCCCACAGUCUAGUAUCAGAUGUGCAUCUACUGUAUUUACAUUUUCACUUCUUGUCUGCUUUUGAAACCGAUGGCCUUAAACAUGCUUGAUUUGUAAAUUUGAAGUGGUCAGAGUGUGCAUGAUCUUUCUACUGUACAAUAGAUUGCAUACUGCAGCUAUAGGUUGGUACAUUUUAUUAUUAUUACAAUGUGCAAACCAAAUCCUGGAAGAGAAUGUAAAAGGUAUGGCUUUGGAUGGAGGCCACAUAUAAUGCACUCUAUUUUAGAAACUGUGUUUUCCACGCUUGUUUUUUGUGUUGCACCCAAAAGCACAGACAUUAUUAUAAUCUUUUCCAAUGGCGUCGCUCCUGGACAUUAGUCUUCAUUUUCCAAUUCUGUCUAUAUGAAAGUGUUGUAUCCUAAAUGUGAAAUAAAUGUUUUGAAGCAGUA